GCCGCUAAGAACGUUGCUGCCAAAAGAGCUCUUAGUGCUUUGGCAUCAAGACAAACCCCAAAGUUUAUGAAGUCUGCUGGCCCCAAUGGCUGUGCGUGGUGUCAAGUCGAUUAACUUCGGUGGUAUGCAAGAAACCGUUCAUGAGCGUGCGGACUGGCCUAGAGAGAAAUUGCACGAGUACUUCAAGGAUGACACUUUGGCUUUGAUCGGCUACGGUUCUCAAGGUUACGGUCAAGGAUUGAACUUGAGAGACAAUGGCUUGAACGUCAUCAUCGGUGUUAGAAAAAACGGUGCUUCUUGGAAAGCUGCCAUCGAGGAUGGUUGGGUUCCAGGUGAGAACUUGUUCGAUGUCAACGAGGCCAUCGGCAGAGGUACCUACAUCAUGAACUUGUUGUCUGAUGCUGCUCAGUCUGAGACUUGGGCUGAGAUUAAGCCAUUGAUCACCGAGGGUAAGACUUUGUACUUCUCUCACGGUUUUUCUCCUGUCUUCAAGGACUUGACUCACGUUGAGACUCCAGAGAACGUUGAUGUCAUCUUGGCUGCUCCAAAGGGAUCUGGUAGAACUGUCAGAUCGUUGUUCUUGGAAGGUAGAGGUAUUAACUCUUCUUACGCUGUCUGGAACGAUGUCACUGGUAAGGCUGAGGAGAAGGCUAUUGCUUUGGCUGUUGCUAUUGGUUCUGGUUACGUUUACCAAACCACUUUUGAGAGAGAGGUCAACUCUGACUUGUACGGUGAGAGAGGCUGCUUGAUGGGUGGUAUUCACGGUAUGUUCUUGGCUCAAUACGAGGUCUUGAGAGAGAACGGGCACACCCCAUCUGAGGCUUUCAACGAGACUGUUGAAGAAGCCACUCAGUCUUUGUACCCAUUGAUUGGUAAGUAUGGUAUGGACUACAUGUACGAUGCAUGCUCCACCACUGCCAGAAGAGGUGCUUUGGACUGGUACCCAAGAUUCAAAGACGCUUUGAAGCCUGUCUUUGAGGACUUGUAUGAAUCGGUCAGAAACGGAUCAGAGACCAAGAGAUCUUUGGAAUUUAACUCUGCUCCUGACUACAGAGCUAGAUUGGAAGAGGAGUUGGUUACUAUCAGAAACAUGGAGAUCUGGAAGGUCGGCAAGGAAGUUAGAAAGUUGCGUCCUGAGAACCAAUAAUUG